UUCAAAAUAGAAAAAAAAACCCUAGUUUUCUCUGUCUCUUCUUCUGCUGCGCCGCUGCUCUCUAGAUCUGAGGGUGAAAAGACCAAACCUUCAUCCAUUUUCCAUCAUCUUGCUUCACAAAACCCUUUUCCAUUUACAUAAAUCGUAAACCCAUACCAUCCCUUACCUUCAAUCUCCUGCAAAUCGUGUUUCUUUGAAGAACUCUGAAAGGUUUGUUGCCUCUAAUCAUGUUUCUUAGCUUCCUGAACUGGAAUGGUUUAUAUUCAACUGUUAGAUACUUGAGUUUUGUUAGUGAUAUCUGUUUCUAUAUGGCACAAGCAUAUAUUCCAUGGAUUUUGUGAUCUUGCAGAAGAUUAAAGCCGAUUAAAGCCGCCCGCUUUACCGCUUAAACCGAGUAGACCUUGGUCGAAAAUGGUUCUAGGAAUUGCAACCGUGGGUUUCUGCGGUUUCAGGUUUUGAGACCGAUUUCCGACACCGCUGUCCAGCCGUAGUUUGUACAACUGAAAGUUGAAACGGCACUGAAAGUCUGAAGUGCAAUCUAUCAUUGUGACUCACAAAUCCCAAUUUUUUUCAUAUUCUUUCUCAUCAAUGGCUUCUUCAUCUUCUGCUCCGCAGAAUCGAACGUCAGUUUCACCUGAACUUCAUCCACAUCUCUCCCCUGCUCCAACAUAUAAAAAUGAUUUGAUAGAAUUUGCUUUGAGGUCAAAAAUGAAAUCUCCUGAGUUUUUUGUGCGCAACAAGGGAUCAUCCCACGCACCUGCGUUUGAAUCAACUGUGAUGGUGGGUGAUUUGUUUUUCACUUCGCAACUUACUUUCUUCCAUCGAAAAGCUGCUGAACAAGAAGUUUCUCGAUUCGCGCUGGAGCACCUUACCAAGAAGAUUAAAGACGAGGCAUACUCUAUUAUGAGCGAGGCAGUGACAUUUUGCAAGGCCGUGCUGAAUGAUUAUGCUUCGAAGCUGAGAAUACAACUACCUACAUAUAACUCUGUGGAGUACAUAGAGGUGAUUCCAUAUUUUCUAUGUACCCUGGAUUUGAAUGGUACAAGUUACACUGGAGUUGCAGCUAGAAGAAAAAACGAUGCAGAGGAAUUAGCAGCUCGUGCAGCUAUUCUUUCAAUCCUCGGUAACUCUAACUCGGGGGUUUUGCUUGCUCAGAUAAUCAAGACAAAAGCCGAACUCUUAGAUUCCAUCAAACCAAAAGCCUUGCAAUCUACAUGUGAUAGUGUACUUGUCUUACCCGAGGAAUCUUCUGAACGUUCUUCUUUGCUUCUUCAGCUAUCUGGUGCUAAAGACAAGGAUGAGAUUGAAAUGGCAUGUCCUGAGUCUGGCCCAAUUAUUUCCAUAUCCCAACAGCCUGAGAUGCAAACACAUGAACCAACACCUGAAGCUGCAAAGUCUUCAAAUGAGCCUGAGCAACCAAGUGUUGCACUUCCUAUUGAUACUGGUGUGAGUGCAAAAAGGCGUCGAAGGCUAAAAUACAAGGCUAACAAGAAGGCACGGAUAGAAGCUGAGUUAAAAGUUUUGAAUGAUAGUUCUUGUGUGGCACAGUAGCAAUUUGGGAAGUGUGGUGGAAAGCUUUGAAUGAUAGUUCUUAUGUAAAAAUGUAGGAUUAAAUUUCUUGUUCAGUGACCGGAAAAAACUUAGUAAUGUGUUUGGUGUUUUAACUUAUUUACUUUUGCUGGUAUUAGUUAAUGACUUCCUAGUCUUGUUUCUUAAGUAGUAAAUGUGUAACAGUUUGGAUGUUGGAUCUUAGGCUAUGUUGUAACAAGUUAAUUUCAAGUUUUUCCUAGUUGUGGGGAAUGUGUUACUGCUUAUUGUUGUUAAAGUGCAGCUGAAAAGUUUAAUAUUGUAGCAUGAAUCUA